AUGAAAGAUAAGAAAUAUAUUUAUAUGAUUUAUAAUUCCAACAUUAUUAAUUCGUUUAUUAGUAGCAUAUGUGGAACAUUAGGAUCAGUGUUUUUUAAGAAGGCAUUUGAUAUAUCACUUUUGAAAAGUAGUUUUGGUGUAAUUAAUAAGGAUUUAAUUCUUCAAAUUUUAUUAAGAAUAAUAUAUUUUUUAUUUUUUUUAUUUUUUAAUAUUUUAAUGAUUAAAUACUACCUCUUAUUAAUGAAGCAAUAUUCUGCUUUUUUCUCAACUGUAUUAAAUUUUUCUUUUAAUUUUUUUUUAAGUGCCUUAUUUGGUAUAAUAUUCUUUAACGAGAAAAGGAAUUUUUUUUGGUUAAUAGGUUCAAUACUUAUAAUGUCUGGUUUAAUACUAAUAUUGAAAGAUACAGAAUAUGAAGAAAAAAAAAAGAAAUGA